AUGAGUUUAGAACAGUUUAGAAAUGUGAGUGAAAGAGAGGAGAGAUUGCAGAGGAGAAAUAUAGAAAAAGAGAUGGAAGAAGUAAGGCACGGUAGACAAUAUAUCCAGGAGAGGAAUCGUACUCGCCUGAAUGAAUCGGUCCAUGCAUGUGAGUCCCCAUUACGGACACAGGAGCGAAUUACGAGUAGUUCCAGACAACAACGUGUUUCGUCUUAUGUUCCAUUACACGAGGGAGAGAAUCUUGAAGAUUUGGACAGAUUUCUAGAAGAAGCACGUAUGGAACUACGGGAAAGAAUCAAUAGCCUUGGAUCAAAUGUCGGUGACCUCUUAACAGUUGAUGAGUACGUUGAUUACACCGAACAAACGCAAACCAAGACGUUUGAACAGAACACGUCUGCACAACAACAGGAGACGGAAACAGACAGCAGAUACGGACGACACGCACACCUUAUCCGUAACAGGGAAGAAAAUGUACACACAGAAAGGGAAUUAGAAUUACGACGGCGGCUUCUGGAGCUAGAAGAUCGCGAAAGCAAUCAUCGGGAAAGAAAAGAGCAUAUGUAUGAAUAUUGGAAACGGAAAGAGUUUGACUUGCAGCAAAAGGAACGAGAGAUGACACAUAAAUUUGAUAGCAGAGAAGAGCGUACAGAAAGUAUGUCACAUGAGACACGUCAUUAA